AUGGAAAGGAUCAAAAAUGAAGAGUCCACGCAAAAAGCACGCCGGGCCUUCACCCUCAGAAGCGUAGCCCGGCGCGACACUACAACAAGAUCCGACGGUGGCGGCGGAAAAGGACCCAUUGGCCUCACAACAUUGUUUGAGCCCAGUGUGCCGGGCAUCGCCGACUUGAUCUUCGUCCAUGGGCUGAACGGAGGAUCCUACAGUACCUGGACACAAGACGAUGACCCUGACAAGUUCUGGCCAGCUAAAUGGCUUCCCCAAGACGAAGCUUUUCAGGAUGCGCGGAUCCAUACGUUUGGGUACAACUCGAGCUGGGCUCAGGAGAGCGUUCUGAACAUCCAGGAUUUCGCUUCAUCUUUACUCCUUUCUCUGAAGGAUUGCCCAAAGAUACCGAGAGAAGAAUGGGCACCACCCCUCAUCUUCGUCGGCCACAGCAUGGGAGGCCUGGUGGUGAAGAAAGCUUUCCUGCUCUCCAAGCAGAAACAGGAUUUCGCCUCUAUCUCUCAGCGUGUAAAUUCUGUUUAUUUUCUUGCAACUCCUCAUCAUGGAUCCGACAUGGCCGAGGUCCUCGCCCGCGUCUUCGCUAUGGCUGGCGAACGUCCAUUUGUCAAAGAAUUGACGCGGAAUUCACCUACUAUUCAAGCCAUCAAUAACGAGUUUCCAGAGCAGGCCGAUGGCAUUCGACUCUUCUCAUUCUUUGAGACGAAGCCUAUGAGUUACGGAAUCGGAAAGAGCCUCGUUGUAGAAAAGCAAAUGGCUCAGCUCAACUAUGCUAACGAAACGACUGAUUAUCUCGACGCAAAUCACCGUGACGUAGCUCGAUUUUCGUCCAAACUUGAUUCUUCCUACAUCAAGAUCCGGAACUCUCUGGCAAAAACAAUAGAAUCAUUACGAAGGGGUCGUCAUGUUGCUCGUCAGCGCCGCGUCGAUGACCAAAGACAGAUAGUCGAGGCAUUUCUGGGCGUUACCGGUAGCCCAGAAACAACAUUGUCCGAGAUAGCCCGCUCGUAUCUGGACGGCUCGCUCUCGUGGUUCCUCGAAAAGCCAACCUAUUCCCAAUGGACAAACAACCCAAACUCGAGUACUCUCUGGGUACAAGUAUCUAUCUGGCAACGCCUUGAGGCCGAUGAAAUUUCGCCGAAGCAGCGCUGA